CGGCGCUGGGCUUGCAGGGUCGCCAGACUGAACCUGCGUCAGGCACCUACAGAUAUUAAUACCGACUCAAUUCUCUAGCCACAUCUUCGACAAUCCCUUUACUUAUCGGUGAUGAGACGGUAGCUAGUUGUCCUUCUUGAUCCAUAUCGUUUCUCCCUACCUUCAUACAAGACACCCGCACCAUGACGAGAACCACGCCCCCAGAUUACUACGCAAUCCUAGAGGUCUCAGAGAAGGCCUCUGCCGCCCAGAUUCGAGAUGCGUAUAAACGGGCUGCCCUGAAGACGCACCCCGAUCGUGUCGCCAACAAUUCCCCGGAGCGAGAGCAGAGGACCCGACGCUUCCAGCUUGUCAAUGACGCCUACUACACCCUCUCAGAUCCCACCAGGCGAGCAGAAUACGACAUCCAACGAACAUCUUACCGCCGUCCGACAGCCUCCGACCCCUUCGCAGAAGCAGAGGAGGACACCUCGGGACAGAGCUUCUACUCGUGGGCAUGGGAACACUUUGCGAACGGGGCAGGCCGCGAGGAGGCGGAAAAUGCCCAAUUCAGCGACGCCUUCGAGGAGAUGAUGCGAGACGAGGGAUUCGCUGCGGACGGGACGCCGAUCCAGCAGCCGGGCACCUCAACCAUGUGGGGCAUGGUCGGUGCAGUCAGUGGCGGCGCGCUGGGCUUCAUCGUGGGCAACGUGCCCGGGCUGCUUGCCGGAGCGGUGGCCGGUAAUCGCUUGGGAGCCAUCCGGGAUACCAGGGGGAAGAGCGUGUAUGAGGUCUUCCAGGAACUUCCUCAAGGCGAUAAGGCAAGGUUGUUGAGCCAGCUGGCUGCAAAGGUGUUUAGCCAUGUUACCAGCUGAUGAGGAUGGCUCAAGCAAUGCCUAAUUGGAGGGAGUUCUGGCCUUCCUUUUCUUAUAUCACGAGGAUACGCUACGAGACGAUGGAAACGACCCCUACCUGCCAGUCGCCAGUGUACGUUUGCAAACGAGGCAGAAGAUACGCAAACCGGAACAAUACCAAUUAGUUAGU